AUGGAUCCUGAGUGUCCCUGGGGUCACAAGGGCUUGGGGGUCCCGGGGUGCAGUGGUCCAGGAGGGUCCUUGGGGCUGGAUUCAAGGUGCUGGAGGGUCCCUGGGUGUAAAACUGGGGGUCCCUGGGUGGGUGCGUGUCCAGUGUCCUCUCCCCCCCACCCCACCACCACGUCCCCACAGGUCUCCGAGCUCGGCCUGGAGGGUGACAUCCUUCCCGUCCCCGGGGACCACCCAGCUUCCAGGAACCGCUUCCUCUACGUCGGUGGGGCCCUGCACAAGUUGCCAUCGGGUUUGGGGGGCUUGCUGCGGCCGGUGUCCCCCUUCUCGCAGGCGCUGCUGUGGAGCGGGGUCCGGGACCUGCUGGCGCCGGCGGGGACGGAGCCCGACGAGAGCGUUCACGCCUUCGUGGGUCGCCGCUUCGGACGGGAGGUGGCCGAUAUCGCCGUGGACAGUUUGUGCCGGGGGGUGUUCGCCGGCGAUUGCCGGGUGCUGAGUGUCCGGUCCUGCUUCCCUUCACUCUUCCAAGCUGAACGGCGACGGAGAUCCGUCCUGCUGGGGCUGGCGCUGGGCUCCAAGAAGGAGCGCGGGGCCGAGUCGGGGCUGAGCCGCCGGGCACGGGCCGAGCGAUGGAGCCAGUGGUCGCUGCGGGGGGGGAUGGAGACCCUCCCCCAGGCAUUGGCGGCUUUUCUGCGCCCCCGCGGCGUGGAGUUGUGGUGCCAGGCGCCCCUGCGACGCCUGCGACGCUGCCCCGAUGGCCGAUGGCAGCUCACUCUACCAGACGGCACCGUGACGGCCGACCACGUCAUCAGCGCCCUCCCGGCCGCAGCCCUGGCUGAGGUGCUGCCGGACGAGGCCGAGCCGCUGGCCCAGGAGCUGCGGCGCAUCCCGGCUGUCUCGGUGGCCGUGGUCAACCUGCAGUAUCAGGGCGUCACGUUGCCCGUCACGGGCUUCGGGCACUUGGUGCCCUCCUCGGAGGACGCCUCCCUCCUGGGCAUUGUCUACGACUCGGUGGCCUUUCCCCAGCACGAUGGCACCGGAGCCGACUCGGUGCGGCUGACGGUGAUGCUGGGGGGCGCCUGGUUCGGGCAGAGCUUCGGGGACCCGGUGUCGGUGUCACCGUCACGGCUGCUGGAGAGGGCCCAGGCGGCCGUGCGGGACCAGCUGGGCCUGGAGCCGGCCCCCACCCGCUCCAUCGUCAGGGUGCACCAGGCCUGCAUCCCCCAGUACACGCUGGGCCACUGGCAGCGCACAGAGCGCAUCGGGCAGUUCCUGGCCGAGCAGCAGCUGCCCCUCAGCCUCAUCGGAGCCUCCUUCGCCGGCGUCUCCGUCAACGACUGCAUCGCCAGCGCCAAAGCGGCCGUGGGGCGGCUGAUGGGGGAGCUGCGCUGAGCUCCCCCCUACCCCCCACCCCCAGCACCCACAGCCCCACCGCAGUAGGACAAAGUGUGUGUUUUUUAAUUGAAAAACCCUUAUAAAGGUC